AUCGCAGGAUUACCGUAGAUUAUUGAAUUGUACAGUUUACGAAAAGCGUUUGUGCAGUGUUCUUUUGUGCAGUGUUCGCGCUAUCUCCUACUAGUUUUUACGAAUUUCCUUUUAAUAACUAACAUCAUGGGUGGAAUGACUCAACGACCUUGGACACCCACCAAAAGACGUGGUCCCAUUGCUGCCGAAUUCAGGGGUCCAGGUCCGGCUUGUGUUCUGUUACAAUCAACUAUCGGCAAAAAGACUUCGGAAUCCAAAACAGAGAGGGCACCAGCUUUCAGUUUCGGAGCCAGGCAUAAUGGAAAGAUGGAGAGUAUAGGACCAGGGCCAGGACAAUACAACGUUACUGGCCUUAGUGCGAAAGGAAAAGACACUCCUCCUUCUCUGAGCCUCCACGGUCGUCCCAAAGAUCCAAAACCAGACAAUUUUCCUGCUCCAGGCGACUACGAUCCCGAUAAGGCUGAACAAGUGAUACAUGAAAAAGCUCCAAAAUAUACCUUUGGGUUGAAAACAAAUAUGGAGAAACCUCUGGAUACGCCUGCUCCUAAUGCUUAUAAACCGUUCAGUCGCUCCAGUAGCCACAGAUACUCAUUUGGACGGAGGACACCCACACAAAGAAUUAGUGAAACGCCUGCACCGAACGUUUAUGAUGUCCCGAAGGCCGAUAAAGUACUUUUAGAUAAAGCACCAAAAUACAGUUUCGGAGUGAAAGCUGAUCUACAAAAACCAUUUGACACUCCGGCACCCAAUGUAUAUAAUGUUCCAAAAUCAGAUAAAGUACUUUUAGACACAUCCCCAAAAUACAGUUUUGGAGUCAAAGCAGAACUCCAGAAACCGUUUGAUGUUCCUGCACCAAAUGUUUACAACACUACAUGCGAAGUUCUACACGAAAAUGCACCGAAAUUCAGCUUCGGAGCCAAAGUCCAAGGGGAGAAACCCCUCAACACUCCUGCGCCUAACGUGUACAACAUACCAUCUGGGGUAGGGGACAAGUCAACUCCGGCUUAUACGAUUUCUGGAAGGAAUAAAGAGCCCGUAGAUGACAGAGUGAAGAAUCCCGCUCCUGGACAGUACAAUAAUGUAGAUCCCGAACAUUACAAGACGCACUCUCCUGCUUACACCAUGGGGAGUCGUGUGAAUAUCCCUAAAGAGGAGAAUAUCCCAGGUCCAGGGGUCUACUCACCCGAAAAGCAUGACCUAGAUAUUCCGGAAGCACACAGUUUUGGGAUUAGACAUUCACAAUAUGCUGAACACUACUAAAGAAUAACCGAGCGAUAUCGAUGACGUUUCGACUGUGUUUCUCCUAUUUAUCCUCAAGAAAUGCAGAAAUUCAUCAAGAUUUUUUAUAAAUUGUUAGAAUUUGUCUUGUUUGAACAAAAUAAAUUAUUUCAUAUCGGUCGAGAAAAUCCCGGAACAAUUAUUGUGAAUUGCUUUUUUGUCAGAAUAUUCAGGUAGGUAGGUAGGUGGGUAUAGCUAUUUACUUGAUGUAUUGACGUUUCUGAAUAAUUAUGCCUAUAUUGCCAAUAACUUUUUGGGUUCAUCAAGCUUAUAUUAAUCCAAAAUGCCGUUCUUUCUAUAAAGCCACUUUUGGUUGAUUAUUAACAUUUUAUACCAUGUUUUGAAAUAAAUAUUUUAUAUUCCUUAGUGUUUU